CUCGCGCACGCCAAUCAAUUAAUUUCUAGUAGUGUAUGACGGAAACCGGGUCUAAAGUGAGAAAGCUCAGCCGCCUUCGCAUUGCCGAUUGAUUGUUCGUCGAGUCUUGACUGCGUUCGCCUCUUGAUCUUAGCAGACUUGUGCAAGAAAAGAUCAAGGAAGGACUAGGAAUUGACAACGUCCUGUUACAACCUUUUUAUGUGUUUACAGUUUAACAUCAAAGACGCACCAGCCGUGUGAGCUGACAAAUCUCCUUCUCGAGUUACUACUAAAAAGCUUCCGAAGAUAGAACCUUGAUUGCCAGCAUUCAAUCUAUGGUUGAAACUUGGACAAUGUGUGGUGUGAAACCUAGGAAGAGAGAAGUUUUAACAUCACUGUUCACUUAAUUCUAUAAGUUUCACAUUGAUUCAAUAAGUGGUCUGGCAGUUGUCUCAUUCCUUUUCGAAUUAUUGGUUCCGCCUAUCCAAGUCAACACAAAAGGUUCCAAGUAUUGUCAUUUUUUUCUUUGUCGAUGUUGAUGUGUAGUUUCAUCCUUUUCUGACGUGGGAUUCCAUUUGGUUAUUAAUUCAACUGAUGUUGCUUUGAUGAGAACUGUUUUAUCUUUCAUCGCGGCAGGACGGGAUUUUACGAAGGACAGUCCGCCGCUCAUCAAUGGAUUUAACAUGACUAAACGAUGUCAUGCACCAAAACAGAUUUAGACCCGCCGAAAACAAAACUGUGAAGGCUUAACCUUUAUAACCAACAAGUUCAAAAGAAUAUGUGAAAACGGAUGCAUGCUAUGACAACAACGGGAAAUAUUGGUUCGCGGCUCAAUAAACAAUCAAGAAGGAAUAACUAGCGAGCAGUGAGAGUGAGGUGAAGGCUUCUGCAAAUGACAUGACUGGUGGAAGUUUCGUUUACAUCGCGAAAAAAAACCAUAUUAUCUUUAAGGUCAAAUAUUUCUUUUUGUGAGGCGACCUGACUGUUCGCAACAAAGGUAUCUGGAAAUACCAUCCCGGAGAGAAAUAUGACGCGAUUAGCAGAUUUCUACUUGUGACAACUCUCCUCAAACGCGAACAGGGUACGCCCUUAUCAAAGGGUCUGAUCAACUAAUUGGGGUUGGACUCCGAGUUCAACUUAAGCCAUAUCACAGACCAUUAUACUUUAAAUUGCGGUACUCUGGUCAUUAAAAGUUGACCAGAGAUUUUGAAUAUCAUAAGACGACCGAUUUCGAUUCAGAGAUUUGAUGUGAGGUAAAAAUAGUCAAUAUGGAAUGCAAAAUGUUCAGCGCUCACAGAUCUUAUCAGGUUUAUGAGAGAACAAGAGAGCCAUUUCUUGCAAUGCUCACUAUCUGGAGAACUUCAUUGAUAUUGAUGGUUAUGGGAUGGUUUAUUGUUUCCAGUGACGCGUUUAAUACGGAUGUGUCUUCACCGAUUAUUCGGCACGGCCCCGAGGGAAGCUACUUUGGAUAUUCACUUACCAUGCAUCGAGAAAUGGGAGAAAACAUGUUACUAGUUGGUGCACCCAGAGCACAGACCGACCAGCCGGGUGUAGACGCAGGGGGCGCCCUCUAUAAGUGCCCAUUGACAUCAUUAUCGACCUAUGAGGACUGCCAUCAAGUGACCAUAGACCCCGAAGGUAAUGUCAUGGAAAACGGGGAAGAAAUGACAAACAAAUCUGGUCAAAUGUUUGGAGCCACCGUGCACAGCGGAGGAGCGGACAGCCCAGUGGUAGUGUGUCGACCCCUUUACACGUGGCUUGGUUAUCCACCGUCUUCGCCAUUGACGAUGAGGAACCCAGUUGGUGGCUGCAUAAUAACCAAACGCAACUUUACAGAGAUUCAUGAAUACACACCCUGCUUGGAUCCUGAUUCGACCAAGUUGUUGUCCUGCCAGCUAGGUCUAAGUGCAGCAGUUUCGGAGGAUGAAAUACUCAUGGGAGCUGUAGGAAACUUCAAAGGAAAAGGUCAAGUCCACGUUGCAGCCCUCUAUGAAUCACUUGGUACAUAUUCAUCACGAGAGCCUAAGAAUCUACAAGAAAGUGAUUACAAAGGUUAUUCAGUGUCAUUCGGUGAUUUUGAUGGGGAUACCCUAAACGAGUACAUAGUCGGGGCGCCCCGCGCAGCCCUCAAUAGAGGCAUGGUUUCCAUUUUAGAUGUUUCGUUGUCAGAGAUAAUCGUGAUGCAAGGAUCACAGAUGGGAGAGUAUUUUGGCCACUCGGCGACGGGAUCAGACCUUACCGGCGAUGGCUUUGAUGAGUUGAUCGUCACAGCACCUAUGUAUAGUAACGUGGACGACAAACGACACGACGUUGGCCGGGUUUACAUCUACCAAAAUAACGGCGAUGGUACCUUCGAAGCACCUCAGAUUCUGACAGGUCGACAAGCUGGAGGCAGAUUCGGCUUUUCUAUAGCUCCACUAGGAGACGUCAACCAAGACGGAUUCAAAGAUUUAGCCAUAGGAGCUCCUCACGAUGGUGAGACGGGUCUUGGACGGGUGUAUAUCUUUCACAGCUCCGGAAGACAGGGGCUCUACCAGUCAGCAACACAGGUACUUGACCCUUUGACCUUGGGGUUGACCCUCCCGACCUUUGGCUUCUCCCUCUCGUCUGGAAUGGACAUGGAUAAUAAUCAGUAUCCGGAUUUAGUGGUAGGGAUGUACAAGGCGUCAACGGUAGCUUUGUUUAGGUCGAGACCUGUUGUGGAUGUAUCCGCCCAUGUCAGCGUUGAUCUGAAGGGAAUUCGACUCAAGGAACGCAAUUACCGGCUUCCUAGCGGUGCCUUGGUACUCGGAUUCAAUGUGACGCUCUGUUUAUCGUUCGAUGGGAUUAAUAUACCACAGGAAAUUUUUCUGGAUUAUGACUUGAUUGCCGAUGCUAAGCUUCCCGUCAGUCAGCGCUGUUACUUUGAACUGCUUGACCAACCCGACUCUGCCGGGAUCCGAGAUCGCGUCAAUAUUUCGACUGGGUCUGAAAUAUGUCUCUCUCAUGUUGCAUACAUCCCGAAUUCAAUUCAAGACAAGCUCACGCCUAUCACCAUGAGAGCCGAUUAUAGCCUCGUCAUUGCAGACCAGGUCAACAGUACACUGUUCAGACCAGCUGAUAUACAACCUAUCCUCAACAAGAACAUUCCCGCCUCAACAUCACUAACGGUUCCUAUCCUGAGAAAUUGCCAAAAUCUUACAUGUGUUCCAGAUCUGAGACUUGCUGUCACAAAGAAUGUGGAAAAGUUGUUCGUCGGAGACAGGAAGAACAUCAUCAUGAUUAUCACCAUCACAAACCAAGGGGAGGAUGCCUACCAAUCAAGACUCAAGAUUCAUACCCCUCCGGAGCUCCUCUUUAAAAAGGCAGAACAACUGCGAUUGAUUCACGAUUUCAUCGCUUCGUGCUCCAAUGACGUACAGCUUUCCCUGGUCACGUGCACUGUGGGGAAUCCCCUACCAGCAGGUGCAGAGCUAAAACUUCGUGUUGAAUUCGAGAACGUGAACCUCUCGGGACAAGUUGACCUCUUGACCUUUUCGAUGCAAGUUCAAAGUGUUGAAGCAGAACGGGAGAGUACCCGACGGGACAACCUCAUGGAUGUCCUCAUACCAGUCGAGAUUGUCGCCUCUAUGGAGCUCAUAGGGGUAUCCAGUCCUCAAGAGGUCGUCUUUCGUCCCGAACAUUAUCCUCUUGAUCGUACGAUCAACUCUUACGACGAUGUCGGACCAGAAAUCAGUCAUUAUUUCUCGCUCAUCAAUAAAGGACCAUCCCACAUUGGUCCCACCAUCGUCCAUAUUGAAUGGCCUCUUUUCACAAACAAUGGCACCCUUUUGCUGCUCCUCACCAGGGCGUCCAUGAACAACGGCCAAAUGUGCACUGUCAAUGCAUACGUGAACCCAGCGAAAUUACCGGUAAGAGGGAAAUUUGAUUGGAGGAGCGCGGGUCCCAUGACUAGGAAUUGUUUGGUCAAACAAAGGAGUUUGCAGUGA